AUGCCGGGGAGGCGGGCGAUCGAGGUCCGGCUGCUGCCCGGCGGCGGCGGCGACGCCGUGGCGCCCAGGUGGCGCAUGUCGCUGCUGGAGAACACGUUCAGCGGGUUCCUGCAGGGCGCUGGCGCCGACGCCGCGGCGAGGACCGUGUUCGCGGAGGGGUCUCUGUUCAGUCCGUUCCUGUUCGGCAAGUUCUUCGACCCGGCCGACCCGUUCCCGCUGUGGGAGUUCGAGUCCGACGUGCUGCUCGCCGCGCUCCGCCGCGGCAACGCCAGGACCACCGUCGACUGGGCCGAGACCGACUCCGAGUACUACCUCAGAGCCGACAUACCAGGUGGAAGGAGAUGCGACGUGGAGGUGAGCGGGGACGCGAUGAAGGUGAUCGACAUCAGCGGGCUGUGGCGGGCACCGCCGCCAGCGGACGGUCGGGACUGGCGCGCCGGCCGGUGGUGGGAGCACGGCUUCGUCCGGCGGGUGGAGCUGCCGGAGGACGCGGAGUGGAGGAAAGUGGAGGCAUACUUUGACGACGGCGAGGGGUCCCUGGAGAUAAAGGUUCCCAAGACCGCCGAUGAUGAUGCCCACCACGCCACGGCCUGA